CCGACUUAGCAAUGAACGUUUCUGAUAAAGAACAGAACUUUUUCAUACGGUGCUGAAAGGAGCAAGUGACAAUGGCUCAGAUUCUUAACCUACGGUCUCCACUUCAAACCCUAAACGCUUCUUCCUUAAAAACAUCAUCACCAUCAUCCUGGUCACCAUGUUCAUCUCAAUUAAGAUUCUCAACAUCUUAUAGUCGAAAUCAAACCAAUAAAUGGACAUCCCUUCAACAAAAACUCAAUUACAGAAGCAGAUUUUCUUGUUUCUUCUCAUCAAACAAUCGCAAAGAGGACCAAGCUCGGAAAGCUUUAGAAGGUGCUCUUGGAGGAAAGAAGAUGGAGUUUGAGAAAUGGAACAAGGAAAUACAGAAAAGGGAGGAGAGCGGCGGUGGGGAUGAUGGCGGUGGUGGAGGUGGUUGGUUUGGAUUUGGUGGGUCAAAUGACGAUCAUUUCUGGCAGGAGGCGCAACAAGCUAGCCUUGCAAUUUUGGGUAUAAUUUUGAUGUAUCUUGUGAUAGCAAAGGGAGAAGUGAUGCUUGCUGUUGUAUUCAACCCAUUGCUUUAUGCUUUGAGGGGAACGCGAAAUGGAUUCACAUAUAUAACCUCACGUGUUUUGGGAAAGAUAUAUCGUGGCAGUUCUGUUGAUACUUCUGAUGAUGUGCCUAAGGAGAACGUCUAUACACAGUUGUCUGCUAAAGAAAGUGUGAUUGGGAAAUGGGGAAGUGACUGAGAUCUUUUCUCUCUGCUGCAAACAACACUUCUAUUCUAUAAAUUGAUGUAUUAGAAUAUAGUGUUAGAGUUCGAUAAAUAUUAGAGCAGAUUAAUUUUGGUAAUAUUUUAUAUUUUGCACGAACUUGGUAAAAACUCUUAUCAUAUGUUAUAUAAAGUUCAGUUUUCGGUGUUAUGAUGUACAAAUUGAUUUGGCUUCUAUUUUUCUAGUCGAACUCAACUAACA